AUGAAUCCUAUUUACAAAAGAGCAACCAUUCCCAGGAGAAGACUGCCCAUCAUUCCCACAGCGGGCACGGCAUACCCGUCGGCUGCGGCAUUGCCUGCUGCGCUGGUUGCACUGGUCGCGGACGACGAGGCACUGCUAGCCGCCGACGACGUGGCCGACGACGCUGCCGAUGAAGCAGACGAUGCGAAGCUGCUGGCAGUGCUGGAGGCCGACGUCAAAAAGGAGGAGGCUGCCGACGUAGCACUGCUCACAAGACUGCUUUCUCGAGAGCUUGCGCUGGCCAGAACACUGCUGAUUUCGCUCGAGAGGCUGCUCUGGGCCGAGGGACUAGCUGUGGCUGCGACGGAGGAGAGACUGGCAGCUUUGGAGGAGGCGGCGCUAGAGAUGGACGAGGCCUGGGAUUCGACGGAGGAGACAAGCGACUGGACGCCAGUGGGGAUGCUGCUGCCCAGGGACGAGGCAAGUGAUGCUGCCGAACUGACGGCGGAACCGGCGGCGGAAGUGGCACUGCCACCAGCCGAGGUGAUGUCGCUCGCGAUGGAGGUGGCAAUUGAGACGACUGAGCUGAUGGCCGAGCUAAGAUCGCUUUGA